UCCUUCCAACAUGGCGAGCGGAGCCCAGCUUCCCUGAGCUGCUCAGCACAGCCCUGUCACUCACACUCAAUGACAGUCCCCCUCCCCGAGACAGCCACUCACACUCACUGAGAUAACCCCCACCCCGAGACAGCCACUCACACUCAGUGACAGCUCCCCCUCCCCGAGACAGCCACUCACACUCACUGAGAUAACCCCCUCCCCGAGACAGACACUCACACUCAGUGACAGCCCCCCUCCCCGAGACAGCCACUCACACUCAGUGACAGCUCCCCCUCCCCGAGACAGCCACUCACACUCAGUGAGAUAACCCCCACCCCGAGACAGCCACUCACACUCAGUGACAGCCCCCCUCCCCGAGACAGCCACUCACACUCAGUGACAGCCCCCCUCCCCGAGACAGCCACUCACACUCACUGAGAUAACCCCCUCCCCGAGACAGCUACUCACACUCACUGACAGCCCCCCUCCCCGAGACAGCCACUCACUCACUGACAGCCCCCCUCCCCGAGACAGCCACUCACACUCACUGACAGCCCCCCUCCCCGAGACAGCCACUCACACUCACUGACAGUCCCCCUCCCCGAGACAGCCACUCACACUCAGUGAGACUGUCCCCUCCCCGAGACAGCUACUCACACUCAGUGACAGCUCCUCCUCCCCGAGACAGCCACUCACACUCACUGACAGCCCCCUCCCCGAGACAGCCACUCACACUCACUGACAGCCCCCCUCCCCGAGACAGUCACUCACACUCAGUGAGAGACCCCUCCCAGAGACAGCCACUCACACUCAGUGUCAGCCGUUGCUUAAGACAUCCACUUACAGUGACAGCCCCUCACUCUCAGUGACUGCCCCUCACUCUCAGUGACAGCCCCGGCUGGCAUGGGGCGGCCCCCUCCUGCACCUUGUUCCUUGCUGGAGCCCUAGAUCCAGAGAGAAGCCGGUAUUCCCCGGGCAGACCCGGCACUGUUCCCCUCCGGCCCGGUGACAGCAGGCGGGAGACAUGUUCCUGACCCGGGCGCUGGAGAAGAUCCUCAGCGAUAAGGAAGUAAAGAGAGCGCACCAUAGCCAGCUCCGCAAGGCGUGCGAGGUGGCCCUGGAUGAAAUAAAAUGUGAAACUGAAAAACUAACUCCUCCCCAAGGAGAAGCAAAAGCCAGUUCCAGUACCCUUCCUCCUGUGAAAUCGAAAGCCACGUUCAUUGAAGCCGACAAGUACUUUUUACCAUUUGAGUUGGCAUGCCAGUCUAAAUGCCCUCGGAUUGUCAGCACCUCGCUAGACUGUUUGCAGAAACUUAUAGCCUACGGCCAUUUAACUGGCAAUGCACCAGAUAGCACAACCCCAGGAAAGAAGUUAAUCGAUAGAAUUAUUGAAACAAUAUGCGGCUGUUUUCAAGGACCCCAGACAGACGAAGACGUCCAAUUGCAAAUAAUAAAGGCUCUGCUGACAGCAGUAACAUCACAACACAUAGAGAUUCACGAAGGUACAGUACUCCAGGCUGUAAGAACAUGCUACAAUAUCUACCUAGCCAGCAAGAAUCUUGUCAAUCAGACUACAGCAAAGGCUACCCUGACACAAAUGCUCAAUGUUAUAUUUGCACGGAUGGAAAAUCAAGCGCUUCAGGAAGCGAAACACAUGGAGAAAGAAAGGCACAAACAGCAGCACCAUCUACAGCAUUCUCCUGUAAGUCACCACGAACUGGAGUUGCCUGCCAUGAGGCAUCUUCUGGAGCAGUCGGAUCAGCUGGCUAGAGAACAUGAAGGUGAUCUUGAUCAGCACUCAAAUUAUUUGGAAAACAAUCUUCAGGAAGAAGCAGAACCAGAAAAUGGAUAUGAUGCUGCAAGUGCGGAGAAUCAACAAACAGAAGCUGACCAGUCUAUAGGUGAAGAAAAUCAUACCAAGGUAGAUUUGGGGAUUGGUGAAGACGGGAGCCUUGAUUGUGAAGACAAUGCUCAGGAUAUUAUCCAGAGCAUAAUAGAAGAUAUGGUGAAUUCUGUAGUGGGAGUUGAGGAAAAUGUAGCCCAUGAAUGUACAACAAGAACAUCAGAAGAUGGGAAUGAUGGGGACACCAUCCACGCCAAUGGAAUCCCUGGUACUCCGAUAUCUUCAGCUUACACCCCUUCGUUACCGGAUGAUAGAUUAUCAGUCUCUUCUAACGACACUCAGGAAUCUGGAAACACUUCAGUGCCUGCUCCUGGUGCUAAGUUCUCCCAUAUCUUACAAAAGGAUGCCUUCCUAGUCUUCAGGUCACUGUGUAAAUUAUCUAUGAAGCCGCUAUCCGAUGGGCCUCCAGAUCCUAAGUCCCACGAGUUACGAUCAAAGGUUCUUUCUCUUCAGCUACUUCUGUCCAUUCUGCAAAAUGCUGGACCUGUCUUCAAGACCAACGAGAUGUUUAUCAAUGCCAUCAAACAGUACCUUUGUGUGGCUCUAUCGAAAAAUGGGGUUUCUUCUGUUCCAGAGGUCUUUGAGCUUUCUCUAUCAAUUUUCUUAACAUUAUUAUCGAAUUUCAAGUUGCACCUAAAGAUGCAGAUUGAGGUAUUCUUCAAAGAAAUUUUCCUUUAUAUACUGGAAACGUCCACAAGUUCUUUUGAUCACAAAUGGAUGGUUAUUCAGACACUGACCAGAAUUUGUGCAGAUGCGCAAAGUGUGGUGGAUAUUUAUGUCAAUUAUGACUGUGACUUGAAUGCAGCUAAUAUCUUUGAAAGACUGGUAAAUGAUCUCUCAAAAAUUGCUCAAGGACGGGGAAGCCAAGAACUGGGCAUGUCAAAUGUGCAGGAAUUAAGCCUGAGGAAAAAAGGACUGGAAUGUUUGGUGUCUAUAUUAAAAUGCAUGGUGGAAUGGAGCAAGGACCUCUAUGUUAACCCCAACUCUCAGUCAACUCUUGGACAAGAAAAACCUGUCGAACAGGACACAAGUGACAACAAACAUACUGAGACGAUCAAUAGAUACGGCAGCUUAAACUCACUGGAUUCCACAGCAUCCUCGGGUAUCGGAAGCUAUAGUACUCAAAUGUCUGGAACAGACAAUCCAGAGCAGUUUGAAGUCUUGAAACAGCAAAAAGAAAUUAUAGAGCAAGGAAUAGAACUGUUUAAUAAGAAACCGAAGAGAGGAAUUCAGUAUCUACAGGAACAAGGGAUGCUAGGAACUAGUCAGGAAGAAAUCGCCCAGUUCCUGCACCAAGAGGAGAGAUUGGACUCUACUCAAGUUGGAGAGUUCCUUGGGGACCAUGAUAAGUUUAACAAGGAAGUGAUGUAUGCAUAUGUGGACCAGCAUGACUUUUUAGGGAAAGACUUUGUGUCAGCUCUUCGGCUCUUUCUUGAAGGGUUUCGCCUUCCGGGAGAAGCUCAGAAAAUCGAUCGCUUAAUGGAGAAGUUUGCUGCUCGAUACCUAGAGUGCAAUCAAGGGCAAACAUUGUUUGCUAGCGCUGACACUGCUUAUGUCCUGGCUUAUUCAAUAAUCAUGUUAACUACAGACCUACACAGCCGUCAGGUCAAAAACAAAAUGACCAAAGAACAAUACAUCAAAAUGAAUAGAGGAAUUAAUGACAGCAAGGACCUUCCUGAAGAAUACCUUUCUGCCAUCUACAAUGAGAUUGCUGGAAAAAAAAUCUCAAUGAAAGAGACAAAAGAGCUUGCAAUCACCACUAAAUCAUCCAAACCAAGUGUAGCCAGUGAGAAGCUGAGAAGGUUGCUAUAUAACUUAGAAAUGGAACAGAUGGCAAAGACCGCAAAGGCCCUUAUGGAGGCUGUGAGCCACGUGCAAGCUCCUUUCACCAGUGCUACACACCUAGAGCAUGUCAGACCAAUGUUCAAGUUGGCAUGGACGCCUUUUCUAGCAGCAUUUAGCGUUGGCUUACAAGACUGCGAUGAUACUGAAGUGGCAUCACUCUGCUUGGAAGGUAUUCGAUGUGCCAUCAGGAUUGCUUGUAUCUUUAGUAUCCAGCUUGAAAGAGAUGCUUAUGUCCAGGCUCUUGCAAGGUUUACAUUAUUAACUGUGAGUUCUGGAAUUACCGAAAUGAAACAAAAGAACAUAGAUACCAUCAAAACUCUUAUCACUGUAGCUCAUACGGAUGGAAACUACUUAGGAUCUUCCUGGCAUGAGAUUUUAAAAUGUAUCAGCCAACUUGAGCUAGCCCAGCUGAUAGGCACCGGGGUGAAGCCUCGUUACAUAUCUGGUACCGUGCGAAACAGAGAAGGUUCAUUUAUUGGAACCAAGGACCAAGCUUCCGAUGAGUUUGUUGGACUUGUUGGAGGAAAUGUCGACUGGAAACAGAUGGCAAGCAUUCAGGAAUCAAUUGGAGAAACGAGCUCUCAAAGUGUAGUUGUCGCUGUUGACAGGAUAUUUACUGGAUCAACACGGCUGGAUGGGAAUGCAAUAGUGGAUUUUGUUCGCUGGCUGUGUGCGGUGUCAAUGGAUGAGCUGGUAUCCCCCACUCACCCCCGUAUGUUCAGCUUGCAGAAGAUUGUGGAAAUUUCUUACUACAACAUGGGCCGUAUUCGACUUCAGUGGUCCAGAAUAUGGGAGGUUAUAGGAGAUCAUUUUAAUAAGGUUGGCUGCAAUCCCAAUGAAGAUGUGGCAAUAUUCGCAGUUGAUUCCUUAAGGCAGCUCUCAAUGAAAUUUUUAGAAAAAGGAGAGCUUGCCAACUUUCGUUUCCAGAAGGAUUUCCUUAGACCAUUUGAACAUAUAAUGAAAAGAAAUCGAUCUCCCACCAUUCGAGACAUGGUUGUACGUUGCAUUGCACAGAUGGUCAACUCCCAGGCUGCUAACAUUCGCUCUGGCUGGAAGAACAUAUUCUCUGUGUUUCACUUGGCUGCAUCAGAUCAAGAUGAAAGCAUAGUAGAGCUUGCAUUUCAGACUACUGGACAUAUAGUCACCUUUGUUUUUGAGAAACACUUCCCAGCCACUAUAGACUCCUUCCAGGAUGCAGUGAAAUGUUUGUCUGAGUUUGCAUGUAAUGCGGCUUUUCCAGACACCAGCAUGGAGGCAAUCCGUCUAAUUCGUCACUGUGCGAAAUAUGUUUCCGACAGGCCCCAGACCUUCAAGGAGUAUACUAGUGAUGAUAUGAACGUAGCCCCUGAAGAUCGUGUAUGGGUCAGAGGAUGGUUCCCUAUUCUGUUCGAGUUGUCCUGCAUCAUCAACAGAUGCAAAUUAGAUGUAAGAACCAGGGGUCUAACCGUAAUGUUUGAAGUAAUGAAAACAUAUGGCCACACAUUUGAGAAGCACUGGUGGCAGGAUUUGUUCAGGAUUGUCUUCAGGAUCUUUGAUAACAUGAAACUACCAGAGCAGCAGACAGAGAAAGCAGAGUGGAUGACCACUACUUGUAAUCAUGCCCUAUAUGCAAUCUGUGAUGUCUUCACGCAGUACUUCGAGGUACUCAGUGAUGUCUUAUUAGAUGACAUAUUUUCACAGCUCUAUUGGUGUGUACAGCAAGACAAUGAACAGCUUGCUCGUUCUGGUACCAAUUGCUUAGAAAAUGUUGUUAUACUUAAUGGAGAAAAGUUUACUUUGGAAAUCUGGGAUAAAACUGGCAACUGUAUGCUGGAUAUCUUCAAAACCACAAUCCCUCACGCGUUAUUGACAUGGAAAGCUGCUGGAGAUAUUGAUUCAAGCUCACAGUCUGAAAAGCUACUGGAUUCAUUGUCCCAGAAAUCGGUGGAUAUCCAUGAUUCUGCCCAGCCACGAGCAGCAGAUGGGAGACGUAAUACUCAAUCUGUGGUACCAGUGGUCGCCUAUGAGGAAGUGUACCCAGCAAGGCCUGGAGCAAAAGUUCCCGAUCAGAAGCUGUUUGCAGCCUUGUUGAUUAAGUGCGUGGUGCAGUUGGAACUUAUACAGACUAUCGACAACAUCGUCUUCUUUCCAGCAACCAGUAAAAAAGAAGAUGCUGAGAAUCUCGCAGCCGCGCAGAGAGAUGCAGUUCAUCUGGAUGUUCAUGUCGACACUCAGGAUCAAGGAAUGUAUCGCUAUCUCACGUCCCAACAACUCUUUAAGCUCUUGGACUGUCUGCUAGAAUCUCAUAGAUUUGCAAAGGCAUUUAAUUCCAAUAAUGAACAAAGAACAGCUCUCUGGAAGGCAGGUUUCAAGGGUAAGUCUAAACCCAACCUCCUGAAACAAGAGACAAGCAGCCUGGCAUGUGGUCUGCGGAUUCUGUUUCGUAUGUACAUGGAUGAAAGCAGGAGAGAUGCAUGGGAUGAAGUUCAGCAGCGACUAUUAAAUGUCUGUAGCGAGGCUCUAAGCUACUUUUUAACUCUGACGUCUGAAAGUCACAGAGAAGCGUGGACUAAUUUACUACUGCUAUUCCUAACCAAGGUCCUAAAGAUUAGCGAUGAACGGUUUAAAGCCCACGCCUCAUUCUACUAUCCCCUGCUCUGUGAAAUUAUCCAGUUUGACCUCAUCCCAGAGCUGCGUGCUAUCCUGAGAAGAUUUUUCCAUCGGAUCGGGCUUGUUUUUAAAAUUUCUAUUCCUCAAGAGCCUGAACAGGAUGCACAAGAGCAAGUCUCACAAGUAAUGGGAUAUCAUUCUGCUGAGAAAUCGGCCUAUCAAGACCACCUUUGAAUAAAGAUUUUCUUUUUUUUUUUUAAACGGUACAGCUGCUCUCAGCAACUCUUUCACUUCGUAACACUCCAGACUGUCUAUGUGGUAGAUGCUGUUUGGAGCAGGAUCAUUUAAUGUACAGAAGUGGACAUUCUUUCCAAUGUGGGCACUACAUCCUUACUGCUCUACAGAACAGCAAAGGACUUCUCUCACACAUCCAUGCGGAAAACACACUGUAACAUUCAAGCUCUGAAUAAUGUUUUAAAUUUGAAACGAUUAACUGCCGAGGUGGUUAUAAAGAGUUUUGGUAAUCUUCUUGCACUCUGUUUAUCUGAGAAUUUUAAAACAUCUUUAGGAAAGAUAAGCAAAAAUGUACAGAUGUGCAGGUCUGUGAUAUAAAAAAAAUAAACGUAACAAAUAUGAAAAGUAUAAAACACUAUUUACCGAUCUUCCUGCAAAAUUUUAUUUGAUUUUCACAUUUUCUCACCGGUUUAUUGCAAAUCCCAUUCUUAUUGUUUAUGGAAUGCACUAGGUUUUUUGAGAUUUAAGAAAUAUUUUUUUAGUUUUCUGUAAUACUUUGACUCUUCUAGCCCUAAUGUUACUGCUGCUGAUCUUUUACAAAGCAGAGGAUGAAAAUAUUGCAUUUGAAUGAAUGAUCUGUAAAAUAAUUUUAGGGCUUUGAAUAAAUUAAGAGCAAUUAAUGAAAAAGCGUCAUUCAAUGGCCUGGAACUUGAAUCAAUGUAAAACAAGUCUAGGUUUUUGUCUGCUGUUGAAAUUCUGUUCUUUUGUUUGAUGUAGAUUUCACUCUGUACAGAAAUUAAUGUUAAAUAUAUUAAAAUAACAAAUUGGCUUGGUUUGGCCUGGGGAAGCAUUGAGUUUUUUGGGAAAAUCACUACUGUGAAUUGUGAUUUAAAUGGUAACAAAAUAAGAAACAAAUGCAAGUGUUAAGCAUUCCUUAUUACAGCGGAUGUAGAAUUACUGGGCAAUAUGUAUAUGGUACAGAUCUGUAAAGUUUUCUAUGUAAAAUUCUGUACAACUCUCUGUACUAUAUUGGAUCUCAGCUGGCAUAUUCUAAUCAGGUUAUAGGUCAAUAAAGUUUUUGAAUUCUUUAAUCCUUGCAAACAUA